UCUAGGAAUUUCUCAUCCUUCCUUCUGUCUUGCGAAAAACGAAAAUAAAUAUAUAGACAAAACAUUUGAAUGUUGGCAUAAGGAUUGCAUAUUUUAAAAACAAACACCAUAAUAUGAAAACUUGUGCAGUUCGAUCGUGUGGAAAUGACUCUAAUAAAAGACGAGAUUUGUGUUUUUUUAACAUACCCAAAGAUCCUGUUCGAAGAGAGGAAUGGUUGGAAGUGUUGGGGAUAAAUCCUAGAAAAAAUAUAAAUAAUUUAACAGUAUGUGAAAUCCAUUUUAAAGAAAAAGAUUUUAAAUCAGGAAAGAAAAAAGUUCUUAAAUCGCAUGUUAUUCCUGUUUUGAAUCUUGGUCAAAUUGACCCUGUUGACAGUGAUGAGUAUUUCAUACACUAUGACAUUGGAAAUGAUCCUGAAAUUUUUGAAUUUCAAGAUGAAACAUCUACUACCAAUAAUCAAGUGGUAGUGAAAAAAGAGCCUGUUGAAGAGAAACCAGAUCAAGAACCAGCUCCUGAUUUGGAACAGGAAACUGGCCGACGACCAUCUAGGAGAGCUGCUAUUGUAGCUGCCAAAAAAAUCUUCAACACUGUUCGUAAUUUAAGCAUCACUGAUAAUCCUGCUGAUCAUUCUGUCAAUCUUUCACCUAGUCCAAAACCUGUAAGUGUGCCACAUCCUUACAGCAGAUCAAAGCCAAAGAAAAAUACACCACCACCGCCACCACCAGAACCAUCUGCAGACAUCAAUGUUGAUCUUGAAAUGGAAUGCUAUGAAGAAUUGUUAAGUCCAGUUCAGAAUGAAUUCUUGUAUGAUGCCCAAGUGCAGUAUAAUAUUAACAUGAAAAACUUUAGAGAAUUAGUUGCAGACAAUGUGAAAAUUAUUCAAACUGAUGCAAAUGGUGUGCCGAUCUUUGUAACUUCUUCUCUUAAUAGAAAUCAAAAAAGAGGAAAUGUGGCAGUCAGUUCUAAGUCAGCUAGAAACAAACCAGUGAAUACAAAUUCUGCAAUGGUUGUGCCAAUGAGAUUAAUACAGGCACCUAUUAUGAUUACCUAAAUUGAGUUUUAUAUCUGUGAUGAAGAAAAAAAAAUUCUCAAAUUUUGGCUGUUAAUUUGUCCAAAUGCAUUUAUAUUUCUUUUAUUUUGUUAUUAGUUUUAUAUGUUAUUAGAAGAUCAAAUAUGGUUUAUUGUUAUUUUAAAAUUUGAAUAUAUUUACAUUUGCUUGUUUUGUUUUGUUCGUUUUUAGUGAUAAAUAAUCCAGUCAUUUAUUGAAAAUUUUCCCUUGAUAAUUUUAAAUUGCCCAUCAUAAUACUUUCUUUCCUUUUUGUUAUACAUAAAAAAAAAAAAUUAUUCUAUUUCAACGAGAAAACUAUUGUACAACCCCGUUUAUGACCAAAAAAUGUUCCUCUGCAUUCCCCACACAAUCAUGAAAGUAGAUGUAAAGAAUAAAUGUCAUAAAUUACUCAUAAUCAAAAAGAAAUUUUAUUAAAUGAAUUUUUUUUUUUUUUUUGUUAAAUAAUAAAAUAUUUCAAAUUUAUAUGGUUAAUUGAAAUUUCUUUUACAGAUAAAAAUUUUUAGUGACACUUGCUGUGUAGUUAUUCAUAACUCUGAUGUUACAUAUGCCAAUCUAAAAUUCUGAUUGUUAGUUUACGAGGCAUUGCAUUGGGAGAUUUUCUUAAGAUUUUAUUAUUAUUAUUACUGUUUGGACUGAUGUGUCAAUUUAUUAAUCAUUCUUUUAGAACAAAAUAAAUUUUUGAUGAAAAUUUAAUGAUUGGAAUAAUGUUAUUUCGCUUUCCCAUAAAUGGACUGUCAAAUAUUCAUUAAUAAAUGAGUUUAAAACUGCCUGGGAUUACUGCUUUUAAAGAAUAUAAAUAUUCCACUCUGUGUUUUUUUUAAUAAUAAUAAUAAUCUACAAUUUUACAUUCUUAUAUGUUCAUUCAGAAUAAGUACUCUAAAUAACAAAAAAAUUUAUCUUUUAUCUUAUUUUAAUCAAUAAAUCUACUGCUGAAAAAAUUAAAAUGUCUAAAAUUUUAUGAAUCCUCUGGUCUUACUAGUAAUAUUAAGUGAAGCAUUCUUUCUAAAUAACUAAAUAAUAUUCUAAAUUUUUAAAAAAGUAUUACUCUUUCAUAACUUCUGGUUGAGUUAUAAGGCUUUGAAUUCUAUUGUUUUAGAUUAUUUUAGAUAAUUUCAAUCUUUGUGUUAAGGAAGAUCUGUCAAUUAAUAUGGUGUUUGCUCUAGGAGCUGUUGAUUGAUUUAAAAAAUUAACAUUCAAAUCUUUGUGUCAUGAUCUAUUUUAAUCUCGAAAAAGUAAAACUUUUGGUACUUUCCUGUUAGCCGGGCACAAAUAAUAACUUAAUAAAUUAGUUAAUUUAGUUUUAAUUUUGGCCUGCUACUGUUACUACUGUUGAAUCUCGUUUAACGAGUAUAAUUUGUUCCCAAAUCAUUAGUCGUAAUAGGAAUCCAUGUAAAGUGGGAUAAUGCAUUCCAUUCAAAAAAAUAUUCAAAUAAAUUUAUAUUAAUGUAAUUUAUUAUAUAUAUAUGCAUGCUUUUUUUAUGAAAAAAUUGUUUAAAGAUAUUUAUCUCUACUACGCUUCAAAAUUUUCCAAAAAUGAGACACAGCCUUGUUGUUGAUUGAAGUAGCAUAGCUACUGCCUUAUUUGGGCAAUGCUUCUCAAAUAAGGCAGUAAGGGCAAUGCUUCUCAACGUAAGAUAUAAUAAUUUCCCAUGCUUUGAGCAUUAUUGGAAUGUUGUCUAUUUUUUAUUACCCUCCUUAUUGAAUUUCAUCUGACUUUUUACUGUGACAUAAUAUGCAGUGCCAUAACCCCUCAGUUGUUCUAUUUAUUUUCUUCCAUCAGCUCCUCAAUAUCUUUGCUAUCCAUUUCCGACCUCUUAAUCUUGCCCAAAGACGAAAUAUCAUUGAUUAAAGCUCCAAAAGUGUUUACUCAAGCUCCAUCCUAGUCAGGUUCAACAACGCUACCCUGUCAAAACUUCUUUCAUGUGAAUAUAAGGGCUUUCUUCAAAUAAGCUCUCACACAAAUCAAUACAGAUUAUGAGAUCACAGUGUCUCCUUACUACUUAUUGUUCGAAACAUGCUUUUUAAGGAAAACACUUUUUUCAUCUUGUUUUACUAGCUAUGCAAGGUGCUCGUUAAGCGAGGUUUAAUGGCAUUUUCUUAAUGCAUAAAAGGGAAAGAAAAAAAUAUGGCUGCUGUCAAAAUUUAAAUUUUAAUAAAAAUUCCUCGAUUUGCUUAUUUUUUAAAAAAACCUUAAGUGAAAUUCAAGACUGAGAUAAUAAGAAAAAUAGGUCUUUUUUUGUAUUAAAAACCAUUUUUCAUAAAUAAACAUAGUUCCUUUUUGUUAAAAAAAACUUAGUCAUAUUAGCACUGGUUUGUGCAAACUAUUCAUAUUUAUAGCAGUUAUUAUGCUGUGAUCAUUUAUUUCAAUUUGUCAAUGUAGUAUAUAUGUACCUGUAAUGUUAUUUGCUGUCUUUAUCAAUGGUGUAUGUUAAUUUAUGAUGUGUUCUAUUUUUCUUUGAUAGUGAUUAAUAAUGCUGAGGUGAUUCAUUCAUGAGAUUUGAAAUUAUUUCUGCAAAAGAACUACAGACUUGUGACUCCUUUUAAUAUUUAUAUUUUCUCUUAUUUGCUUUUUCUUUCUCGCUUUUUCGCUUUCUUUGCUUAUCUGCUUUCAAUAAGCAAACAAAAAAAAAUUAAUAACUAAGAAAAAUCAGAAAUUUAAUUAACAGGUGAAAGAGAUGCAGAAUAGUAUUAGAAGGCAAAACUGGAUUAUGCAUAACUAAAUGAAUAUUAGAAGAAGAAAAGUGACAAUUUGUUCCUGUUGGUACAGCUGAAUUUUUUUCCUCCAACUAAUGCUGUUUCUUUCUCACUGCCUCCUCCCCCCUUCCCCCUGAUUCUAUCAAAUCCAUCCCAUCCAAAGUUUGUCUGUUUUUAUUAAUUUUUCUUCUUUUCCUCGAUUUUUUUUUUUUUUCCUUUCUACCUUUCUUUUUCUGUUGUCAAAGUGGUCCACCAGAAACUUGGCUGGUAGUGCAUAUUCAUUUCCCUUGUUAGAUUCUGUUGCUGUAGUGCAGAAGUUUGGAGAAAUAGAUGCCAACUCAAGUGUUAUCCUGUGUUUUUCAAGAAUUCUGAUGACUUUUUGAAAUUACAUGGUACCAAAAUGUCUCUCAUUGCUCUUUAAAAUAGAAUGUUAGCAUAAAUAAACUAAAUUAAACUUUGUUAGAUGUCACUCAACAAGAUAAAAUAUUUGGAUAAUUAAAUAAUACAGUUCAGAUGAAGAAAAAAGUGUCUUUGCAAAAAAUAACAGUCGUAUUUAUUAGAGAUAAAAAAAAAUAUUAAAUGCUGCAUGUCUUCAAAAAAAUAUUUUUACAAUCUUCAUUAAGCAGCAUUCUUUUAAUUUUCUGUUAGCAAAACUUAAAUGAAAUUCUCUUAUAUGCAAGUUAUUUCAUAUUUUUAAAUUGCCAAAAGUUUUAUAUUUGGAUUUGAAAUUUUAAAAAAUUGAGCUACUUGAAAUUAAAGUUGUCUUUUUAAAAUUAUAUUCUCUUGCAAAAUAAUUUUUGCAAGAGAAUAUAAGUUUUGUAGUUUUGCUUAUUUCUGAGCUUAUGAAUCACCACUGCAGUAACAUACAUUCUAUUUUGUUUUUGCUUUAAAAAAAGAAAUUAAAUAUCCUAUGUAUCCAUGUUGUUUAGUGUACUUUCCCACUAACUUAUCAGUAAGUGUUAACAUGCAUAAAUUAGCAAGAGUUUGCUAAUUUCACGAUAUAAAGCUGCAGUUCUUGUCUCAUGAUGGUUGUUUUAAUGUAUCCUCAUUUUUUAAUAAAUAAUUUUGGCAGAUGUGAGAGAACUGCCAAAAUAUCAGUCCUUUGAGUCUGUCUUUUAAGAAAAAAUGUAUGUAAAAGCAUCCACAUACAUAAUGUGGAAUUUUAUGUGAAAAUAUCUGUCUCAGUGUUAUUUGCAAUCUAUAUUGUUGGUAUAUUUCACUCUCUGCUUUUCAAACUGCUUUUAAGUAAUAUUCGGUUGUGAAAUUUCCAAGUGUCACCUUUCCUAAUAAUCAUUGCGAAAAAGUGAUUAAAUGUUUCUGUAUUUAAUCUAGAUGUGUUUUUUGAUGUUGAAUCUGUGGUUUGCAAGAUAAUAAGUAUUUCAUGUGUAUUAUUGUAUUUUCAUUAUAUACAACAGAAAAAUGUGAUUAUUUGUUUUAGUGCAAUUCAUCAUUCCAUUGUCAAAAUUUUAUUGAUCUUUGUAUUUUAUCAAUCCUGC